AUGGUCCAUUUUGGCGCGAAAAAGGUGGGCAAGGUGGUGGCCGGUUUUGGUGGGAGCGGUGUCGGCCAGAUUCUGGUCGCCAUGACCGCUGCCCUUUUGCUCCGCCUGUUUUCCGGUCCCGGCCCGGCUAUGUUGCCAGAAAACGAGGCCGAUAACGAUGAUAACGAAAUGGCCGGGGACGGUGACGGAGGGGAAGCUCCACCGGCCGGCAAAGUUUUCCCGAUGACAAUUCGGUGGAGGAACAUUACGUGCUCGCUCUCUGACAAGUCGUCCAAAUCACAUUGCAGGAUUGCAUAUGUAAGACAGGAAGAUUUGUUCUUCUCACAGUUGACAGUACGGGAAACACUCUCUCUUGCUGCAGAGCUUCAGCUUCCGGAGAUAUGUUCCGUGGAAGAGAGAGAUGAAUACAUAAACAAUCUCCUAUUCAAGUUAGGCUUGGUCAGUUGUGCUGAUUCAAAUGUUGGUGAUGCUAAAGUUCGUGGUAUUAGUGGUGGUGAAAAGAAACGUUUAUCUCUAGCUUGUGAACUGAUUGCAAGUCCAUCUGUCAUAUUUGCUGAUGAACCCACUACUGGGCUUGAUGCUUUCCAGGCAGAGAAAGUAGUGGAAACACUCCAACAACUUGCUUCGGAUGGGCAUACUGUAAUAUGCUCCAUACACCAGCCUAGAGGCUCUGUUUAUGCUAAAUUUGAUGACAUUGUGUUGCUAACAGAGGGUGCACUUGUUUAUGCUGGUCCCGCACAUGAUGAACCAUUGAAACACUUCUCAAAAUUUGGGUAUGACUGUCCCGCUCAUGUGAAUCCAGCUGAAUUUCUGGCUGAUCUUAUAUCCAUCGACUACAGCUCAUCUGAGAGUGUUUACUCUUCUCAGAAAAGAAUAGAUGCUCUAGUUGAGUCAUUCACCCAACAAUCAUCUGCAAUUCUUUAUGCUAGUCCACUUAUCAAAAAGGAGUUACCUAAGAACAACAUAAAAUUUAGCAAGAAAAUUAUUGUUAAGAAGAAAGGUGGCUGGAGCAGGCAGUUCUGGUUGCUUCUUAGACGUGCAUGGAUGCAGGCUUUUCGUGAUGGGCCAACAAACAAAGUCCGAGCCAGAAUGUCAAUUGCAUCUGCCAUAAUCUUUGGAUCAGUUUUCUGGAGAAUGGGAAGGUCUCAAACAUCAAUACAAGACAGAAUGGGAUUGCUUCAGGUAACUGCAAUAAACACAGCCAUGGCUGCUCUAACAAAAACUGUGGGUGUUUUUCCCAAGGAACGUGCCAUUGUGGACAGAGAACGUGCUAAGGGGUCGUAUGCACUAGGACCUUAUUUGCUUUCUAAAUUAAUAGCUGAAAUUCCUGUUGGAGCAGCAUUUCCCCUGAUGUUUGGUGCUGUGCUGUACCCCAUGGCUCGUCUUCAUCCUACUUUGUCUCGGUUUGGAAAGUUCUGUGGAAUAGUGACUGCAGAAUCUUUUGCUGCAUCUGCAAUGGGUCUAACUGUAGGGGCUAUGGUCCCAACUACGGAAGCAGCAAUGGCGUUGGGACCCUCUCUUAUGACAGUUUUUAUUGUUUUUGGAGGAUACUAUGUGAAUGCAGACAAUACACCCAUCAUCUUCCGUUGGAUUCCGCGUGUUUCUCUUAUUAGAUGGGCCUUCCAAGGACUCAGUAUCAAUGAAUUUAGUGGUCUUCAAUUUGAUCAUCAACAUUCUUUUGAUAUUCAAACUGGAGAACAGGCACUCGAGCGACUCUCCUUUGGGGGAAGCCGAAUUCGCGAUACAGUGGCUGCACAGAGUAGAAUUUUGCUCUUUUGGUACUGCACCACUUACCUUCUCCUUGAGAAGAACAAGCCAAAAUAUCAGAAGCUUGAGCCGCCUCCUUUUGAACACGUCAAACCACAGCCACAACUUGAGCCUCUGGAAAAUGACCAGCCACCUCUAAUUGAACAAGCCAAACCAAACCAGCCCCUUGAGUCAACAGAAAUUGACCCAAUCGGACCUUUUAUUCUAGAAGGUGCCAAGUAAAGGAGGUCUUGUUUGCAAAUAAAGGAGGGCCCCAAUACCAUUUUUGAGCUGGUCUUGUGAUAUAUACUACUGGAAGCUCUGUUACCUAAAAAUAAAAGUUGUGAAAUCCUUAUCCGAUGCUUAUAAUUUCCUCCAAAAGAGAGAAACCCCUUUUAGCUUGGAUGGUUGAAGAUAAACCUGAUAUCUGGUCAAAUGACAUUAUACAUUAAUGGGUUGUAAUCUCUGAAUAUCCAAACUAAUUGGUUCAUGUCUA